ACUAUCCUUACAUCCAAAAAAGAGUUACAAUUAGUAGUUUACUAGUACACACCACACUACACAUUCAAGGCGCACCUUACUCUCUUUCACACACACUCACUCCUCUAUUUCUCUCUAUCCCUAAUUUCUCAAUUCCAAACCCUAUCCCUAAUUCUGCAUUUUGCAGAGACUUGAUUAUCCCGCAAUGGCAGAGAUUCAGCCGCCGGAGGGCCAAAUAAACGGUGGCGCCGGAACCCUAAUUCUUCACUCCUCGGAACCCUCCAUCGGAUCCAAGCGGCAGCGGCGGCCGAGCGUUCGAUUGGGCGACAUCGGUGGCGACCAGCCCUACGAUUCCCACGCGCGCCGCAACACGAAGCCGUGGAAACUCGCCUUCGACAACCACCACCACCACCACCGCAGCAAGGACAAGGACCCAGGUAAACCCUCCAAGACUCGUCCUUUAACGAACCUGAGCGAGUUUAACGAAACCCUAGAACCUUCCAACGACCGAGAACCGGGGAACAUCGACACCGUCGCAAUUGGCAGCUGGAAGGUCAAGGAGUCCAAAAAGAGAGGCUCAGUCGCCACCAAAAGGGUCAGAUCGAAUUGGGUUUCGCGAAUCGACGGCGGCGGCGAAGGAGAGGGAGAGAAGUAUAAUAACGAGGACGAAGAUGGGGAUGACGAUGAUGGGUAUCGGGAAUUUGAGGUGGAGAAUUCGGAGAGCCCUUUGAAGGAGCAAAGCCCUAUUCAUAGUAUGGAGAAUUUGGGGGUGGAUGGGCAUAGGAGGGUUUUUAAGGGUAGGGAAAGGGAGCAACAGCAACAUGAUGGGGUUGAGCUAUCUGUACCGUCUGAUACUGAUGUUAGGGAUUGGAAGUGUGGGGAUAGGAACAAUGAGAAUGGUGGUGGGAGGGUUAGGGGUGGUGAAGAUGGGGUUAGGGUUUGGCUUAAUGGAUUGGGGUUAGGGCGUUAUGCGCCGGUGUUUGAAGUGCAUGAGGUGGAUGAUGAGGUUUUGCCCUUGUUGACUCUAGAGGAUCUCAAGGAUAUGGGGAUUAGUGCUGUUGGGUCAAGGAGAAAAAUGUACACCGCAAUUCAGAAGCUUGGAAAGGGCUUCUCCUGAGCUGAGCGAGCUGAGCUUGUUUUUUGGUGAUGCUGCCAGAGGCCGGAUGUAGAUUCUCAGCUUUAGAGAAUUAAUCAGAUGCGUGUGUCUGAGCUGAACUGAGUUUUAGUAUGUUCUUCCGUGACUCUUUUUUGUUUAGGGUUGGAAACAUUAGGACCUCACAUGUUAUUAUUUGAGAAACAAACAUCCUUCUUGAAAUCCAGUCCAAGUAUAUAUAACUUCUUGAGUUGUUGUGUUUCGUAGAUAACUUGGAAGGGCAAUGCCAAGGAAAAAUAGACAUGGUAUAACUUGUUUGGAAAGUUUUUUCCUCAAAAGAAAAGGGGCAUGCUGUUUAAUUUCCUCAUUCUGUCUAUUGGAAAUAUGGCAACUAUAAAUUUUUCUGGUCUUGUUGCGAAAUUAUUGUGUACACCUUGUUUACACAAGUUGUGUAGGCUAAAACAAGCAGCAUUUUAUGUGUCAAUACUUUUGUUGUGUUACUUUUUUACAUUUAGUGAUAUAUGGUCAUAUAGUAACAAAUGUUAUUUGGUUUAGUUAUGUGGGGUACUAGGAUGUAGUGUUUUUUGAUGAGUUAUAAUGUCCAAAGAAUUGAUAUUUUCUCCCAAAAUUAAGCACUUCAUUUGGGUGCUAAUGUUCUAUUGUCGAGGUAAAUUAAUUAUUACAAUUUUUUAA